ACCCUCUGUAUGACGUAGGUGUGUUGUUGGUUGACGUACUGAGGACGAAACCAACGGUUGCAGAAAGAGGACGGCGUCCACUUACGCAUACCCGCGACUGACCUUGCUGCUGUCGCCAAAUAAAACGCAGCGUCCAGAGAAAACAUGGCCACCCCCUCCAUCCCUCAGUUGUCAACAAGCUCGGGAAUGAGGUUGUCAAAAGAGCAUUUCCUGGUCGCAUUGCCUGUGGCGGUAGUCGCAGCUGCAGGAGGCUUCCUGGUCAGCCGUUACCUGAGCGGGCGGAGCUGUAAAAAGGGCCUGGUGAACACCUGCAUCAACAAAGAUAGUCCCAAAGUGGUGCACAGCUUCGACAUGGAGGAUAUUGGCACCAAGGCUGUCUACUGCCGUUGCUGGAAGUCAAAGAAGUUCCCUUUUUGCGACGGCGCCCACAGCAAACAUAACGAGGAAACCGGCGACAACGUGGGACCGCUCAUCAUCAAGAAGAAGGACGCAUGAGCCGACUUCAUCCUAUUUGUGGCGCUCCCUCCAUCACGCCUCCUCUAUUUUUUGAGCGGCGUUGCAAGAACAGUUACGGUAUUACGUUGUCACGCCAAAUCACACAGGCCUCAGUAGAAUAUUGGAACCCACAAGUUGAAUGAGUAUGAUAAUCAAACAUUUGCAGGGAGAUGAUGAACGGUCAGAUGUGGUGGUGUUUAAGCCUCGACCCACUUUAGAACGGUUUGUGUAUUCAGUUCUAGACAUGAUGGUAGUAAGCGCAAGGCCUUAAAUCAAUUAAUACUAAGACGCACUACAAAGAUGAAUGUUCCAUGUUUUAAUUUUUGUGCUAAGCUAGAAGCUUGAAGUUUUCGUCCUGAUUCUGAUGGGUUGAUCACCCAAAACCAAUCAUUGUGGAAAUUCUGCCUCUCAAAUUUGAGUUUUUCUACUGUCACCAGUGUAUCCGAUUCGAGUGUUGUUUCUUCCACAUCGUGUGAAUAAAAGUUUUUUUGUGGAAAGUGGA